AUGAAUCACCCCGUCCAGGUCGUCAACCUCGUCUCCGACGAUGAGCCUACUCCUAAGCGUCCCCGAUACAGCGCGCCGGCACUGGGCAAACAGAAUAUGAGUUCAUACCCCCAGAAAGCUGUGCAAUCAUCCAAACCAGUGGUUGUGAGCGCGGCAAGACAUCAUCAUAUGCCGGGGAACUCAGGCGUCCAAAGCGACAUGAAACUAUCGUGGACCAAGCAGGAGCUCAGGCGGCUCACCGGGGAUUCCCCCCGCAAACUGUUCGAGAUAUGCCAAUUGGUCAUCUCUCCAUGGCGUUCAGCGCCUUAUACUCCACUCCGAAUCGACUACCUUCCCGAUGGCGUCCUACAUGCGCUUCACCGCUACCUCAGGCAUGGAGAGUUGCGCCACUAUGACGAAGGGGAUAAUGGGACAUGCAAAGUCACGAAACCUCCCCAGGGCCCCCCACAAGCACCGUCCGCGCCCGCUGCGGUGGACAUGUCGAAAAUUUCUAGAGUGGGAAUCCAAGAGACGCUCAGACUGGUCCGACUUGCGCAUCCUACGGAGUUAGAGAAGAUCAUUUCCGAGCUGGCGUUAAAGAGUCCGUCCUUACGACUUGCGCUGCUGAAGUACUUGGAUCCCAGGGCACACCGCGAGGUGGAGGCAGAAAUGCAAAAGCGGACGCAACCGACAAACAGCGUCCAUCCGCACUGGAAGAUGGAGCAGAAAAUAAAACCAGAAGUGAGGUCGCCGUUUGCGGAAACUCCAGCAUCUCCGGGGUCACACAGCAAAGUUAAGGACCUGGGUUGUUCUCCAACAGCUCCUGGUCAGGCAGAUGUCCCUCCCACACCCCCCUCGGCUUUCCAAGGACAGCCGUAUCCGGACCUUAACACCUGGCGUGGGACCCUCUACUCUUUACCACCUCAGCAUGGAUCGUCACAUCAAGCACCUGGACCCAGCAAUACCGUCCCAUCCUCCCUAACAGCCCACCAAAGACCUUCACACCAAUCAGUUCGCACGAGCAACGGCUCUAUGUCCUCUCUCCCAUCCUACCAAGGACUUACGUGUCAAGCCCCUGGCCCCAUGAAUGGACUGGCAUAUACCAUACCGCCGUACAAUCCAUCCUCGAUGCCACUGCAAACCUCCGCCCCUUCAAAUGUUCAGUGGCGACCCACAUUGACGAACACAAACUACCCCUUACCGCCGCCAACCCCACAACUCAAAGAAAACGUCAACGGACACACGACGCCACACGCCAACAUCCCCGGCUACCAUCCAUCCUUGAAUCAAUAUAGCUACUCAACAACCCGUUCCGGCCCGAAUGGAACCUCUUUAGAAUCGAGACAACAGCCCCAACCGCCACUUCAAACCCCGAAACCAAACUCCUUGUCACCCACUAUGGGACCAUCCCCCUCAGCACGACCAGCGUGGCUAAAAUCACGAGAAGCCCCAAACCUUGCCACUAACCUCCUCACCAACCCCCAAAGUCCAGCGGACGAAACAACCGGAACCACCAAUUCCACCUCGGAAAAGGACCCCAGCAUCAACGUCCCCGUCCUCAACUUCAACGACACCGACACCGCCAGCAGCAGCCCAAGCGCGCCGGCGAAUCGAGUACGCAAACGGGUUGUGGAGGGCUCAGAGGACUCAGAGGAUGGGAGUGCGGAUGGUGGGAGCGGCGCUGAAGGACAGGAGCAGGUGGCGGGAGAGCCACGACAGAAGAGACUGCGGGUUGGGGAGGGGGAUAUGAUGUCGAGUUCUUUGAAACCGGAUUGGUCGGCGACACGGAUGAGUUUGUUUGGGCGAUCGGAGUCGGCGGCGUAG